CUGAUUUAUUAAUAACCAAAGGGGAAAAAGCUCUUUGAACAGAACGCGAGAGCGAGAGCGAGAGAGAAAGAGAUCAAGGGUGCUCUCAAGCAUUCAUGGUCUCAGUUUCACGAAUCCAUUACAUGAAAAACAACUUCUCUUUUCUUGAUCUCCAAAAAUGGCAACUUUGCAAGAAACCCAUCUCGAUUUGGAGGCCGGUGGAGGCGGCGGAAACCAUACCCACCGUCAAUCAAUCACCACCAGUGUUGGAGACCGUAGCUCACGGUCAUCGGAUGCUAGUGAAGAAAGUACUACAGUCACCACUGAGAUUGUAGGUGUUGUGUCGUCGUCGUCAUCUUCGGAGGAGGAGGAAAAAGGGAGGCAAUCCUCUGUGUCAGAUUUCUCGGUGGUGGAUCUGGAAAACGGUGGUGGUGGUGGGGUCCAUGGUGAUGGGGGCAGUAAGGUACAUUUGUCGAAAAUUGAAAGGGAUUGUAGAAUUUGUCAUUUGAGUCUUGAUUUAACCAAUCCAGAAUCUGAAAAUGGGAUUCCCAUUGAGUUAGGUUGUUCUUGUAAAGAUGAUUUAGCUGCUGCUCAUAAACAUUGCGCUGAAGCUUGGUUUAAGAUCAAGGGCAACAAAACAUGUGAGAUUUGUGGAUCAAUUGCUCAUAAUGUUGCUGGUGCGAAUGAGGCUGAAUUAAUGGAACAAUGGAACGAAGCUAACGAUGCCACGUCAGCGGCUACUGCGCCUGGUGGGACCACCGCCACCUCAUCAGAGAGUCGAACCUUCUGGCAAGGCCAUCGGUUCCUCAAUUUCUUGCUUGCUUGUAUGGUUUUCGCCUUUGUCAUCUCGUGGUUAUUUCAUUUCAAUGUCCCUUCAUGAAAAAAAAAAAAGUCGCAUAAAGUAGUUGAUUCAAUCGAAGAAAAAACAUUCAAAAUGAGGUAUUUCUAUGUAGCACCAAGAUAUUUAAAUGCAAUUAUAUUGUUGUUUGUUUGUUGUUGUGGUGGUGGAUAGGCAUGUAUGUCAGUAGAGCUUGUAUUGAUUUUUAUAUCGAUUGUAACUUUAAGAUGUGUACGGAUUUUUAUUACUUAUAUAGUUGGCAUUGUUUCUUGUACGUCUAAAGAAGUUGAGAUUUCGUAUUGUGGUUCAUAGUUAUAUGAAAACUAAAGAAGCU